CUACAGACGACCAAACUGAACCCCCCCGGGCCCGUUCUCCACCCAGUGCGUGCUGGGAAUUCCCCGGUGAAUGUUGUUGUUGUUGGUGACUCCGCCCAAUUUGGCCACGUCAGCGAUGCCUCGGUGCCGAGCGUCCCUCAGCCAGUCCCUGCGGUGGUCCAACCCCGCGGUGCGGGCGGCGGCGUUGUGCGCGGUGACGUUCGGCGUGGUCCUGCCGCUGUGCUGCCACCGGAUGCUCUACUCCUACUUCUUCCUGCGCUCCGCGUACCUGGACUCCAUGAGCGAGGCGGCGCUGCAGCGGAGCCUGGACCGGGGCCGCGGGGCGCUGCUCUUCUGGCAGAGCGCCACGGCGGCGGCGGCCAGAGUCGGCGACGCCGCCCGGCGCCCCGACCUGCUGGUUACCGUGGUGACGUCCAGCCGGAGCGAGGGGCGGGACUUCCACUACCUGCUGCAGGUGACGCGGCAGCUGAGCGGCAUCCUGGACUCCUGCGGGGCGCGGCGGUGCGCCGAGGUUCUGGUCUGCGACGUGGAAAGCGGGCACCUGGAGAACCAGGACGCCAAGCUGCUGGAGGCCCACUUCAGCAAAGUUUGCAAGAACCCGGGUGGCCUAAUGAUACACCCGGUCCAAAUGGAACCUCUGCAAACAGUGGGAGUGUCUCAGCGCACUGAACCAACACCUGCUGAGAUGCAGGAGAAGCCAGACCCAGAGACAACCCAUGAUGCUCAGAAUCUCCAGGUGACACGAGCCUCAGCCCAGCACAUUAAGAACAUGGUCUGGUCAAGUCACCCCAAGCUAGCAAGGAGAAGAGUGGCUCCAGUUUGA